AUGGCGUGGAAAACAUUAAAUGUCGUGGAUGAGAAGACUAAAGAAGAGCAGAACAAAGAAACAUUCUCUGGUGGGAAUCUAUAUGGAAGUGUCAAGCUAGUUUUCAGAGAUGUACUCAUCAGUGAAGGGAUAUGGGAUACUGUUAGAGUUGACCAUGGAACUGAGGCAUGCCUUAUGCUAUAUGUGCAAGAUAUGCUAAAAGAUCUUCGGCAGAAUCAAGCAUGCAUGCCAUACAUCCAGACAGCUUCACGAAAGAAUUUGCCAGCAGAAAGAAAGUGGCCUGAAGUUAAUCAGCGUGUUGUUUAUCCAAUAAAGGAGGUAUUAGUAAGGAUGGAAAAUGGACUACUAAUCAACCGCUUGGAUGUACUUGAACAAUUUUGUAUUUCUUUUAUAACAUUGAAUGUUGUAAAAGUUGGAUUACAAAGGGUGAUGGAUGCCUGGAACUUACAUUCCAUUGAAGGUAGAAACAACAGGAUACCAAAUAUUGUAGCAAAUAAUACCAACAGGCUUAACCCAGUUGAUGACAGUUUGGUACCUACUGCAGAUGAAGCAGUAUCCUUGUAUUCCGCUGCAGGUGGACGAAUAACAACUGACUGUCAGUUUGGCAUAGAUCCCUUAGCAGAAGACGAAACGCUUGUCAGGAGAAGAGAACAACAUUUUUCUAGAAACAACAGCUCUUUUUCUGAAAUUUACAACAACGUUGUAAGCGGAAAUGGUUCAUUUUUAGAACAAGCAAUAUUAGAUUUCAUAUCACUAACACGACAUAUAGCAAAUUGAGGUGGAAAUAUUAUAAAGAAGCUGAAGGUCCAUAAUCUUAUAAAACAUCCGUAUUUGUGUUUCUUCAUAAUUAUUCAUCGGUGCGCUAUGUAUAUAGUGAUAUACCCACAAAAUCUUCGAUGUGAGACUCCGUAAUGUUUUCUUCCUUUUCUAUUAUAUAUCGCAGCAAUAAUCUUGAUUCCUAAAGUUUCUAUGCACUUGUGUUUCCAGUGUAUUGCGAUUUUCAAUGUUCAAUUUUAGUAAAUAAAA